CGAGCACGGGAGUUUUUUGGGGGGUUUUCUCUCCAGUCUCCCGCACGCCAGAGACUCCAUCUCCGCCCACACAACACAACAAAGCACACCACCCCACCCCCCGAAACGGACGCUACCCCUCCCCGCCUCGUCUCGCUCCGCUCCGCUCCGGCCCGUUCCGGCUCUCGCCACCCCAGCCGAGAUGCGGUCGCCGCCGCCCCCACCGUGGCGCGCCGGGCGCCUCCAUUCCCCGCUCCCCAUGCUCCUGCUCUUCGUCGCGGCGCUGGCGGCGCGGGCGGGGGCCGACGACCUCGCGAGCGACGCGCGGGCGCUCCUGGCGUUCCGCGACGCCGUGGGGCGGCGCCUGACGUGGAACGCCUCGGACGUCGCGGGGGCGUGCUCGUGGACGGGGGUCUCCUGCGAGAACGGCCGCGUGGCGGUGCUGCGGCUCCCCGGGGCGACGCUCUCGGGGGCAGUCCCCGCGGGGACGCUCGGGAACCUGACGGCGCUCCACACGCUCAGCCUCCGCCUCAACGGGCUCUCCGGCGCGCUCCCGGCCGACCUCGCCUCCGCCGCCGCGCUUCGGAACGUCUUCCUCAACGGGAACAGGCUGUCCGGCGGGUUCCCGCAGGCGAUUCUCGCGCUCCCGGCGCUCGUCAGGCUCUCGCUCGGCGGGAACGACCUGUCGGGGCCCAUCCCUGCGGAGCUCGGCAGCCUCACGCACCUCAGGGUCCUUCUCCUGGAGAACAAUCGCUUUUCCGGCGAGAUUUCGGAUGUCAAGCUACCGCCGCUGCAGCAGUUCAAUGUCUCGUUUAACCAGCUGAACGGAUCCAUCCCGGCUUCACUUCGGUCGCAGCCGCGCUCCGCGUUCCUGGGGACGGGCUUGUGCGGCGGACCCUUGGGGCCUUGCCCUGGCGAGGUUUCCCCUUCCCCGGCUCCAGCGGGGCAGACACCGUCGCUGACGCCUGUUCCCAGUAGCGGUGGCGGUAACGGUAGCGGUAGUGGUAGCGGCGGGACCAUCGGUGGAAAUGGGGGAGAAAGUGGCCACAAGAACAAGAAGCUCUCCGGUGGUGCCAUUGCCGGAAUCGCUAUAGGCUCCGCCUUGGGCGCCGGACUUCUCCUCUUCCUCCUCGUCUGCCUCUGUCGCAGGUCGGGGGGCACCAGGACGCGGUCUCUGGAGAUGCCGCCACCUGAAGCGCCUGCUGCUGCUGCUGCUGCUGGCGGCAGGAAACCUCCCGAGAUGACCAGCGGCGCUGCUGUUGCGCCCUUGACCACAAUAGGCCACCCCAACGCUCCUAUCGGCCAGUCGACGUCCGGUAAGAAGCUGGUCUUCUUUGGGUCAGCGGCUGCCGUGGCACCUUUCGAUCUGGAGGACCUGCUGCGCGCGUCGGCUGAGGUGCUCGGGAAAGGAGCGUUCGGGACGACAUACAAGGCAGUGCUCGAGUCUGGGGCAACUGUGGCCGUGAAGCGCCUCAAGGACGUGACUCUAUCUGAAGCUGAGUUCCGUGAACGCAUUUCCGAGAUUGGUGAGCUUCAGCACGAGUUCAUUGUGCCACUCCGUGCUUACUACUACAGCAAAGAUGAGAAGCUACUUGUUUACGACUUCAUGCCCAUGGGGAGCCUGUCUGCAGUCCUGCACGGCAACGUAAGUUCUGGCAGGACACCACUUAACUGGGAUUUAAGGUCAAGCAUUGCUCUAGCUGCAGCCCGUGGUGUUGAGUACAUCCACUCAACGACCUCAACGGCUUCCCAUGGUAACAUCAAGUCAUCCAAUGUCCUCCUGGGAAAAUCAUAUCAAGCACGUGUAUCAGAGAAUGGCCUUACCACUCUUGUUGGUCCAUCAUCUUCAUCGUCUCGCACCACCGGAUACCGCGCACCUGAGGUUAUUGAUUCCCGGAGGGUUUCCCAGAAGGCAGACGUGUACAGCUUUGGUGUUCUGUUGCUUGAGCUGGUCACAGGGAAGGCCCCCAGCCAGGCUGCUCUCAACGACGAGGGUGUCGACCUGCCCAGAUGGGUGCAGUCAGUUAACCGCUCGGAGUGGGGUUCACUAGUGUUUGAUAUGGAGCUCAUGAGACAUCAGACUGGUGAGGAGCCCAUGGCUCAGCUCGUGCUGCUUGCUAUGGACUGCACAGCACAAGUCCCAGAAGCCCGGCCGUCAAUGGCGCAUGUUGUCAUGCGGAUAGAGGAGAUCAAGAAGUCAAGCGUGACCCCGAACAUUGAACAAGUUGAUGAUCAAUCUUCAAGGGCUGAAUCGGAGGCGGCGCCGACCAAUCCGUUUGCUACUUGAUAUGAGUUGACCUGAGAGAGAGAAUCUGCUAUAACUCUAGCCUGCAUUCAAUCGAUUCACACAUUCGAUGAAUCCUAUCUUCGACUGAGUCGACUGUUUUUUUCUGUGCAUCUUUUAGCCUGUUGGAUUUAACGGUUAACCUGAUCGUCACUAAGCAGCACGGGUGUUCGGCAGUCGCACCCUGUGCUGCGGAAGGUGAUUGGUGGUGUGUUUAGGGACCAGUUUUAAAGUGUGAGAUUGCUCAAUUGCUGUGCUCAUUCUAGCCUUGAUCAGGUUGGUUUUAGCUUGUAGCUGCUGCUGCUGCUUGUCUUCCGGCUAUCCAUGUGUAAUUACUCAA